UACCUACAUCAAGGAGGCCCGUUUUUUCCCAAAUGGCAGAGGCCAUCAAUUCAGGUCUCCAUCAGAAAUACAACCGAGGCAACGAAAACGUCAUUCCCAGAGAGGAAGGAGAAGGAUUUGCCCUAGGAAAGCUAUGGGAGGAGGUUAGAGACCUGUCUCUCGGGGCAGGUUCCCAGGUGGAGCGCGUGCACGGACCACUGUCUCCCCUUCAUUUCCUCAGAGAUUAUGUGAUGCCCAACAAGCCUUGCAUAAUCACGGACUCACUUCAUCACUGGCCCGCCCUGAGCAAAUGGAGCAACCAUUAUCUAUCUUCCCUCUUGCAACACCAAACAGUAAGUCUUCACUUCACUCCAGAUGGCCGAGCUGAUUCCCUCGAGAAAAAUCCUGAUCAACACAAUAACAAUGAAUGGCCUAGUUGCUUCGUAUCAGCGUACGUCGAGCGCAUGCCCUUCCCCGAGGCGCUGCAGUACAUUGCGGGUUCGAAACUCGGGGAGAGGGGAGUGGCCUACGCGCAGGAACAGAACGGCUGUUUCUUCUCGGAGUACAGUUUGUUGGCAGGUGAUGUGGAGGAAGAUAUACCUUGGGCCACGGAGGCGUUGGGUACGAAACCCGAUGCGGUCAAUUUGUGGAUAGGGAACGAGAGAGCCACCACGUCAUUUCACAAGGAUCACUAUGAGAAUCUCUACGCGGUUGUCUCGGGACAGAAACAUUUUCUUCUGAUGCCCCCCACCGAUGUGCAUAGAAUGUAUGUUCGGGAUCACCCUGCUGCACACUAUACAAUAUCGCAGGCAACUGGAGAGUUUAGUAUAGAGUUAGAUAAUCCUCCACAGUAUGUUCCAUGGGCUAGCAUUGAUCCAUAUCCACCAUCCUCAGAAGUUGAACAAAGCAGAAUUUUGUUUCCCAGAUAUUUUAAUGGCCCAAAACCUUUUGAAUGUACAGUUCAAGCAGGCGAGAUUCUUUAUCUGCCAAGCUUGUGGUUUCACCAUGUUAGGCAAACUCCUGACGCUGAAGGACGCACAAUAGCAAUUAAUUAUUGUAUCUUAUUGGAGCUUGAAAGCAUGGUGAAGAUUUAUGUGGUACAUGGAUGGCUAAUGAUAUUUUUCUCUUGUUUGUGAUUUCUAUGGGUGUACUUACAAUGUAUGAUGUCAAGUGGGAGAAUGUUAGGAUUAAGGUUCCAUCUACCUUGUUAAUCCUAUUGCAUGGUUCCAACAUUCUUAGAAAGUGUCCUAAGGCAUUUACGGUGUAGUGGACAAACAAUUUGUAAUAUUUAUUCUCACUAUAUUGUAAGACAUUCAUAAGGGGUGAUGGGUUUUGCUAGCAUUGGUAAAGGUGGGUUGCAAACACAAUUAUUUAAUAUUGUUUUCCCCACAUGUGAAUUCUUAGAGUGAGAUAAUUAAUGACAUGAGAAGUGGAAAAAUGAGUGACCUUUGGGCUUCUCCAAGUGGGAACUUGGAAGAGGCAAUAGGCGUCUCCCGAUAUUUUGUGAUUUAUUAUAUUUAAUGUAAUAUUUAUUUUCUAUGUUUGGAUGCUCAAGUUGGAGGGAAAUUAUUUGAGCCAAAAUUGUUGUCCUUUCACAUUUCGUGGAGGUAAUCCAAGGGUUGGGGAUGCUUGUAAUGCAGAGAAUUCUUUGUAUACCUUGUUUGGUGUUUUUGUAGCUCUUGUCAUUCUAUAUAAACAACUCCUUGGAUGUAGAAAUUAAGGAGGACCAAUUGAAUGUAGAGUUACUCUGUAGGAACAAGGAUACGUGGGAAGCAUAGGGAGGUUGUCACAGGUAUGUAUAGGUUUUGCCACGUUGAAGGCAACAAGGAUAAUGAAAAUGAAUGUAUUGUAAUUACAUUUAUUUGUUGAUAAUGCAUACUUGACCUCUCUUCUUGGUGGAGU